AUGUACAGUCCCCCUUUUGCCGACGGCGCCACACAGGCGUGGGGACCCGCGUCGUCGCCAUCACCAGCGGCUGCAGUCGGUCGCCAUCGCACGCCGCGGGACGACGCCCCCGCGUAUGACCCCCUUCUGUGGCAGAGGACGGACAACGCCUACAUUUCCACACUGGCGGCACAUGUUAUGACGCACCAGCCACCGCCCGCACCGGGCUGCGGACCAGCGGAGAGGGGCAAACCGACCAAGCUGUCUCUCCAGAAGUUUCUCUCCUCUUCGUGGGCGCAGUCGCCGGAAGAAGAAGCUGCAGCGCGUCUCAGCAAAUUCCACGGCGUCUACAACCGCGUGCCGAUGACGAUGAUCGGUCGCCUGCUGCAAUUCGUUUCCGCAAAGCUCUUUCCAUGGUGGCACGAGGGUGUGAGUCCGACAGAUGUGGCUUCUCUAUCCACGAACGAGCUGAUUCAUCUCAUGCAGUUAGCUCUCGCGGCGGGGGAGGUGGAGCGAUCAGCGAUGCUCGCGCGUGAGCUGUCACGACGAAAGCUGGCGCUGCAGAUGCACGCAUUUCCCACUCGUCUCCCUGGUGAGACGGACUUCGACGUCCGCAGUGUUAGAUCAGCGGCUCCACCCGCGCCUGCUUCUCCGCUGCCACAACCCGUGGGUGCCGCUGACGACCGUGGCUUCCUUCCUCGCCAUGAGCAGCGGCAACAGCAGGAGAGUGGAUGGCGAAUCAAUCAUGGAGUGACACCUGUUCGUGCCACCUCAUGGUCUCAGCAGAGAGGCGACUACGGUGCCUACUUGCAUCAAGACGACGUUAAGGUAAGUGGACCCAUUGGUGCGGAGCGCACCGCGUCAUGGGGCGGUGGGACAGCGCAGCGGCCACCGUCGCCGUCUCCGACGAGAUUGUCGGUGAGUACCGAGACGUCGCAAUACGUGAGCGACGUUGGCGUGAGCUCGCUGCGCGGGUCUGCGGGCGACUCGGUGUGGCGUAACGACUCGAGGUGGGGCAGCCAAUGGGGCCCAUCGCCGCCAUAA